CCCAAUCGGAUUUUGGUUCAAUAUAUUUUAAAUUCGGUUCGGUUUAUUCGUACUCAACCAUAAAAACAAAAAUAACUCAAAAACCAUUUCUCUCCCCCUUACUCUCUGUUUCACUCACUCCCACUUUACUCGAAAGAGACUUUAUAGUUUUUUUGUUUGUUUGUUGUUGUGUGGUUCAUUCAUUCAUCAACGCAAUAAUGAACGAAGAGAUGAGCGGAGAGUCGCCGGAGAGUAACAAACACGUAAAGAAACCGACGCUGCCGGAAAAGAUCGAUUACGUGUUCAAGUUGGUGGUCAUUGGAGAUUCUGCCGUCGGGAAAACGCAGCUCCUCUCACGUUUUACGCAGAACGAGUUCUGUUAUGAUUCAAAAUCAACCAUUGGUGUCGAGUUUCAGACAAGGACCAUCACUCUUCAGGGCAAACUCGUUAAAGCUCAGAUCUGGGACACCGCCGGUCAAGAAAGAUACAGAGCAGUGACGAGCGCGUAUUACAGAGGCGCGUUAGGUGCGAUGGUGGUUUACGACAUUACCAAACGCGUCUCAUUCGACCACGUUGCACGUUGGGUUGAGGAAUUACGUGCUCACGCCGACGAUUCCGCCGUCAUCAUGCUCGUCGGAAACAAAGCCGAUCUCGCCGAUGAUAAACGUGCCGUUCCAACGGAGGACGCCGUCGAACUCGCCGAGACCCAACGGCUAUUUUUCUCGGAAGUCUCGGCACUAAGCGGCGGAAACGUAGACGACGCUUUUUUCCGUUUACUCGAGGAGAUUUUCAGUCGCGUUGCUGUGUCAAGAAAAGUACUAGAAUCUGACGGUGCAGCCACCGUGAAGCUUGACGGUUCGAGGAUUGAUGUGAUCUCUGGUUCGGAUCUUGAGGUUAGCAAGAUCAACAAGGAACAAGCUUUGUCGUGCUCGUGUUGAGUUUUGAUUGAUGGGCCAUAAAAUCAACAACAUUAUUGAGCCAAUUAUUGGGCUUUAUUUUAAGCCCAUAUAUGGUUAUUUGGCCUUUUUCCUUAUUCCAGGUGGUUGGUGCUUAUCACUGUCAAAAGCUCACUACUCAUGUGUCUAGCUCAUUCGUAAUCUCUCUGUCGUCUUUGACAUUCUCAUGUAUACAAAUUCAGAUUCUUUUGUACUGUCAAAUCCUAAGUAGAUCUAUUCAAUCGAAAAUUUGGAACCA